UUUCAUAGGACGUCCGCAGGGUUUGGCGGUCCUCACAAUCAUGACGAAGAGCACGUUGCUCUCGGCAGGUUGGAGGGUGAAUGGGGAAAGAGCCUCGGGCGGUAGAACUUAUCUCCGGCGGCGCGCGAAGAAGGCGCGAAGCUCACGACGUCCUUGUUACCAAUCGCAUACUUCAACAUGGCAACCCACGGAAUAACGCGCGCGGCGGGUACGGCGAUGCGCACAGAAGAAGCCCGGCAACAACAGCUUCGAGACAUCGAUGCGUACAAGGAGCUCGUGGACCUCGUCAACACAAAGAUAACUGAAAGACAAUACACACUUGAGGUCCUGGGUCUGGCCACGAAGCUUUUGAAGCAGAAUCCAGAGUACUACACAAUUUGGAACCAUCGUCGCCGUGUUCUGAAUGCUCUAUUUUCUGGCGAAACCGCAGACGAAUCUUCUAAACACGCCGUGAACGACUUACUUCAGAACGACCUCCAACUCACAUUCGCACUAUUGCGCCAAUACCCCAAGUGUUAUUGGAUAUGGAACCACAGAAACUGGCUGCUGGAGACCGCUGAAUUACAGCAAGGGGCUGACGUGGGCCGUCAAUUAUGGUCCGGGGAGCUAUUGCUGGUGAACAAGAUGUUGGGUGCGGAUAGUCGGAACUUCCAUGCCUGGAGCUACCGACGGUCCGUAACAGCCCAGAUUGAGCGCUUGACACCUCGUGCCGAAGGACAAAUGACACGAUCUAUGACUGAAUCCGAAUUUGAUUACACGAGCAACAUGGUCAAGUCGAACCUAUCCAAUUUCUCGGCCUGGCACCACCGCAGCAAAAUCAUACCCCGCCUGUUGAAUGAGCGAGAUGCUGAUACCGAGGCUCGACGUGCUCUUCUAGACUCCGAGCUAGCACUGAUAUGUGAAGCUAUCAACACUGAUCCCUUCGACCAAUCCAUCUGGUUUUACCACCAAUAUCUGAUGACUACCCUGUCCCCGGACUGCCCUUCGCAAGACCGAAUUGUUCUAGACCUCAACAACAGCGAUCGUCAACGAUAUUACGAGAAUGAGAUGCAAUAUAUGCGCGAGAUAUUGGAGGACGAGGAGGAUUGCAAAUGGAUCUACGAGGGUCUGCUGUUCCUCGCAGGCGCGUAUCUGGAGUUCGAUAACGGGACGAAGAUCUUCACGACAGCGGACAUGCGCUCGUGGUUGGAACAGCUGAGGAGACUCGAUCCGUUGAGAAGGGGGCGGUGGGAAGAUCUGGGUCGAAGUCUAAACCUUUGAGAUUAAUACA